AUGAAGUUCUUCUCGACAAUCUGCAGUUUGACCCUUGCGGCCUCUGCGUUGGCCUUGCCAACUUCCGACCAUGUUAUUCAUGAGAAGCGAUCUGGUACCCCAUCUCGAUGGGAGAAGAUCAGUCGGGUCAAUGGUACUGAGCAUGUCUUGGUGCGCAUCGGUCUGACGCAGAACAAUCUUGAUCGAGCCUAUGAGUAUCUCAUGAGCGUGUCUGAUUCCGUGUCGCCUAACUACGGCAAAUUCUGGACUCCAGAAGAGGUGCACAGUACCUUUGCGCCGUCGAAUGAGACUGUCAACGCUGUGCGCAACUGGCUUGUUGAAUCCGGCGUGGAUGAGUCUCGCUUGGUUCACACCAAAAACCAAGGCUGGAUUGUGUUUGAUGCAACCACCAAAGAAGCGGAAAAUCUCCUCCACACCAAGUAUUACCACUACACUGACCGGAUUUCUGGCUUCAAGACACUCGCAGCAGAAGAGUACCGCGUCCCCCAGAAGAUCCAACAACACAUCGACUUCGUUAAACCCGGCGUUCUUCUCCCAUUGACCUCCAAGGGACCAUCCGCCAAGCACACCAAGAAGUACAAACCCUUGAAGCAGACAUCAGUCAACGCCACGUCUCUCACCACGUGCGACGAGGUCAUCACUCCAGCUUGUGUCGCCGCUCUGUACAAGAUCCCUCACGCAAGCGGCAACGUCAGUGCAAGCAACUCGCUUGGGAUCUUCGAAGAAGGAGACUACUACGCCCAGGAAGAUCUGGAUCUCUUUUUCCGCAAUUUCACCCCGUACAUUCCGAAGGGAACACACCCUAAGCCGGCAUUUAUCGAUGGAGCCUCAGCGCCCGUGAGCGUUGCUGAUGCUGGUGCGGAGUCGGAUUUGGACUUUCAGCUUGCGUAUCCAAUUGUUUACCCUCAGACCAUCACGCUGUAUCAGACAGAUGACUAUGACUAUGCGAGUGGGGAGGUUGAGACUGAUGGAUUCUUUAACACCUUUCUUGAUGCUGUUGAUGGGUCAUACUGCACCUACUGUGCCUAUGGGGAAUGCGGAGACAGCCCGACUCUCGAUCCCACUUAUCCAGACAACUCCACCGGAGGGUACAAGGGACAGUUGAUGUGCGGUGUUUAUAAGCCCACGAAUGUCAUCUCUGUCUCUUAUGGCGGCCAGGAGGCGGACCUCCCGGCUUACUAUCAGCAGCGACAAUGCAAUGAAUUCCUCAAGCUCGGUCUCCAGGGAAUUUCCAUCCUCUUCGCCUCUGGCGAUGACGGCGUGGCAGGGCCCCCAGGCGACGACUCGACUAACGGGUGUCUCGGAAAUGGAACCAUCUUCAGUCCUGCGUUCCCCAAUUCUUGCCCCUGGGUGACUAAUGUCGGAGCCACCAAACUCUACCCCGGAAAGACCAUCGCAGACGGGGAAAGCGCCGUCGUCGACCCGGCCGGCCACCCCUACUCGGUCGCAUUCUCCUCUGGUGGUGGCUUCAGCAACAUCUAUACUAUUCCAGACUAUCAAGCCGAAGCAGUAGCAGAAUACUUCAAAAAGCACAACCCACCCUAUCCUUACUACGAAGGCAACGCCAGCUUCGGCAAAAACGGCGGUGUCUACAACCGUCUUGGACGCGGGUACCCCGACGUGGCAGCGAACGGCGACAACAUCGCCGAGUACAACGCGGGAGAAUUCAUCCUUGAGGGUGGAACUAGUGCUAGUACCCCGAUCUUCUCCUCCGUGAUUAACCGCAUCAUCGAGAAGCGCAUCGCGGCAGGAAAGGGCCCACUAGGCUUCCUGAACCCGGUUCUGUAUCGGAAUGCGUGGGCGUUGAAUGAUAUUACGAAUGGGUCGAAUCCGGGUUGUGGAACGGAGGGGUUCUAUACUGCUCCUGGAUGGGAUCCCGUCACCGGUCUCGGAACGCCAAACUUCCCGAAAUUGCUGGACGUGUUCCUGAACCUACCGUAA